CACUAUACAUUUGCGUAUUCUAUAUAAUCAUGAUAGUGAUUAGAGUGGAUGAUCGCGUGUAUCACUAUAUGAUAGGUGAUGUCGAGACUGAAAUAACAGGGUUUUUUUUUCAUCCACCCUUAUUUUAAAACUGUGGAUUAUAUGUACUUCUAUCUAUCUUUCUUACUUUUCUUGCUUCUUUCUCUCAUUGUACAUAAUUUCUCUCUCCUUUUAUAAAAACUUUCUCUCUUUCAAAUGAAUGAUAAAUAGAAUUAUUUGAUAAUGGGGGAAAAGUCACUUACUCUAGACCUGUCGACUGUAGGUCAUAAGGCGCCAAACUUAAUACCUUGGCGACAAUCUAUCGGCGCCAUUAGUCAACAUUCAAAGCAGUAGUAACCUUAUGAAUACAUCCUUAUGCUAUGGAAACAGAAAGGACAAAUCUAUACAAUUUGACGCCGUCAACACUUAUAUUUCUCAAAACAUCUAACCUUAGUCGUCUAUCAAUAGAUUAUUACUUUUCAAUUACUGUAUACAAAUUUCAAGAAUUUUUCGAUUAUGUAUUUGAAAAAUGUUGGCAAUUAAAAUAUUCAACUAAACAAUUUGGAUCAUAUCUUAUAUUAUCUAUCAGAAAAACAUUCAUUUUAAACAGGAUAUGUAAAUGUAUUACCGUGAAGUUAAACAAAUCUAUUUUAUUCAUUAUUUUUAAUAAUUCAAUUAAUAAAUUAAGUUUUUUAAUUAUUUAUUUAAAAUUUAUUAUACGAUUUUUAUUGAUCACUUAUUGUAUUUCAUAUAAUACUCAAUCAGUUAAACAUUUAAUUUAUACAAAUGUCAAUGAUCAUAAUGAUGAAAAUGAUGUUGAUGAUGGUGACAAUGAUAAUGAUGAUGAUGAUGAUGAUUAUGUUGAAAGGGAACCAUUCAUUAAAUCAUCAAUAUUUCAAUCGAAUGAAAGUGAAUCAGUGAAAUUUUUAUCAUUACCAAAUGUAUUAUCUAGAAAAAGUUCAAAGAAGGUUAGAAAUAUAUCUAGAUUGAAUGUUCUUACUUAUUUAAUAUGGAUUAUUAUAAUUGUUUUAACAUGUACUAUAAAAACUAUUGAAUCUAUUGAACAAAUUCAUCAUUCACCUAAAUUAUCAAAUGAAUAUAAUUUAAUUAAUCUAUUACAAUCAUUAACUACAACUGGAAAACAAAUGGAUUUAAAUAUUUUAACAAAAUCUGAACAAAAAACAUGGAAUUAUUUAUUAGAAAAACUAUUAAAAUCACAAAUAAAUAUGAUUAAAAAUAAUCCAUCUAUAGAUUAUACUUCAAGUAUAACGACUAUAAGUAGUAGUUUAAGUAAUAUGAAUAAAGAAACUUUCAAAAAUAAUGAUAUUCAAAAACCGUCUAAAGAAGAAUUAAUAGCUAAAACACCUAAUUAUAUGUUUAAAUUACAUGAACGUCAUAUGAAUGAUUGGCAUAGUUUUGGACGUUAUGAAUCGAAUCAUUUAUUACAUCCUGAUUAUGUGAAAUAUUUAAAUGACAAUUCAAUUUCAAUGGAUAAUAUUGAUUUAUAUAAAGAAAAAAAACAAAAAACUCAUCAUAAUCGUCAUCAUCUUGGUAUGAUUACAGCAAUAAGACAUCAUAAACAUAUAGAAACUCAAGAAGAUGAAAAUAAUGAAUUAGAUUUUCAUUCACUUUCUCGUAGUAAACAUCAUAUGAAUUUACCAUAUUUGAAUUACUUUUCAACAGAUCAUACAGUUAAACAACACAAAUUAGUAUUUCAAUUAGCGGAUAUACCUUCAAAUGAAAAAUUAGUUGCAGCAAGUAUACGUAUAAGAUAUGAAGCGAAAAUGUAUUCAAAAAAUUAUACAAUUCCAACAGAAUUUACUCCAUUUUGUAUAAAUACUACUAUUAAUAGUGAAAUAAAUAGUACAUCAUUCUAUUGGCCAUUAUCAUUAUGGUUACAUUCAGAUCAAAAUAAUAUCAGUAAUGUAGAUAUACAAACUGCAGCAAUUUUUGAACCAGAUAAUACACAUUGUAUAUUACAGAAAUCAGGAAAAAAUUCAUCUAUCAUGAAUUUACCUAAUGGAUGGUUUCAUAUACCAUUGAGUCAACCAGUUUUACAUUUAAUAGAACAAAUCAAUGAACAAACUGAUGCUAAUAAACAAAUUGUUAUACAAAUUCGUUCAGUAGUUCGAAAAAACUUAUCAUUAACUGAUGAUUUUGAUGCUACUGAUAAUAAUCAUAACAAAAUUGAACAGUCUAACUUCUUGAAAAUAAAUAAUCUAAAUGAGAAGGAUGAAAAGUCAUUUGAUUCCUCGUACUGGUUACAUAAUGCACCACAUUUGUUUACAUAUCAUCGUGAUCCUAAUUUAGCAAAUAUUUAAAACGAAAACCAAGAUCAAUCAAUUACUCUCACAGUCAGCAUACAUAUCGAAAUGAACAAAAUCAUAAUAUUAAUUUAAAGCCUCUAACUAAUAAUGCAAGCAAUAAAAAAAUUGCUAAACGUUAUAAACGUUUACAACGAAUACUCAAUGCACAGUUAAAACAACAACAACAACGAAAAAGUGAAUCUAAUCAACAAAGUGUUCAACGUAACAAACAAAAUUACAUUAAACAAAGAUCACGUCGUUUAGCGCAAUAUCAACGUCGUCAUAAUCGUGCAAGUCAAGAUCGUUAUUAUUAUAGUGAUUUAGAUUCAACAAAUGAAAUAGUUGAAGAUCAUGAUAUGAAUGAAGAUAUUUCAUCACAUCGUAAAAUAACACAUAAUUCAUAUGAUAAUAAUAGAGAAAAUCAUCAUUCGCAACAACAACAACAACAUCAACAUCAACAAUAUCGAUAUGAUAUAACAAAAUCUUAUUCAAAUGUAUUACAAACAAAUAAUCAUCAUUAUUUAGAUACAACAUGUCAAAGACGUGAAUUAAUAAUCAAUUUUGAUGCCGUUGGUUGGGCUGGUUGGGUUAUUGCACCACAAGCAUAUAAUGCACGUUAUUGUUUAGGUCAAUGUCCAUUUCCAUUAUCAACUCAUUAUAAUACAACUAAUCAUGCUGUACUUCUUCAAUUAGUACAUUUAUUAGAUGUAGCUAGAAUUUCUGGUCCUUGUUGUGUACCACAUCAAUUAUCAUCACAAUCAUUAUUAUAUCAUAGUCAAAAUGGUGAUGUUGUACUUAGAGUUUAUGAAGAUAUGGUUGUAGAAAGUUGUGCUUGUCGUUAAUAUAAAAAAAGAAUACUGAAUUACUAUUAGUAAUAUCAUUUCGAUCUGAAAAAAAAUUAUUCACAAAAUUCAUUAUUCAUUGUAAUAUUAUAUUAAAUAUAGUAAUGAACAUUGUUAUAUAAUGAAAAUAUGAACACUUUUUUAAAAAUUCAUUUAACUUCAUAAGUUUUCUUUUCUAAUAACAAACAAUCAAUUAUUGAUCUACUCUAUCGUUUUUUCUUUUUCUUUUCUUUAUUUUUUUCUUUCAAAAUAAC